CGGCAGCAGCGGCGGCGGCGGCGGCGGCGGCGGCAGCGGCGGCGGGGAUUACUUUGCUGCUAGUUUCGGUUCGCGGCAGCGGCGGGUGUCGUCUCGGCGGCGGCGGAGGCAGUAGCACGAUGUCGGAGGAGCAGUUCGGAGGGGACGGGGCGGCGGCGGCGGCAACGGCGGCGGUAGGCGGCUCGGCGGGCGAGCAGGAGGGAGCCAUGGUGGCGGCGGCGGCGGCGGCGCAGGGGGCAGCGGCGGCGGGAAGCGGGAGCGGCGGCGGCGGCGGCGGCGGCUCUGCGGCCGGAGGCACCGAGGGAGGCAGCGCCGAGGCCGAGGGGGCGAAGAUCGACGCUAGUAAGAACGAGGAGGAUGAAGGCCAUUCAAACUCCUCCCCACGACACACUGAAGCAGCGACGGCACAGCGGGAAGAAUGGAAAAUGUUUAUAGGAGGCCUUAGCUGGGACACUACAAAGAAAGAUCUGAAGGACUACUUUUCCAAAUUUGGUGAAGUUGUAGACUGCACUCUGAAGUUAGAUCCUAUCACAGGGCGAUCAAGGGGUUUUGGCUUUGUGCUAUUUAAAGAGUCGGAGAGUGUAGAUAAGGUCAUGGAUCAGAAAGAACAUAAAUUGAAUGGGAAAGUCAUUGAUCCUAAAAGGGCCAAAGCCAUGAAAACAAAAGAGCCCGUCAAAAAAAUUUUUGUUGGUGGCCUUUCUCCGGAUACACCCGAAGAGAAAAUAAGAGAGUACUUUGGUGGUUUUGGUGAGGUCGAAUCCAUAGAGCUCCCCAUGGACAACAAGACCAAUAAGAGGCGUGGAUUCUGUUUUAUUACCUUUAAGGAAGAGGAACCAGUGAAGAAGAUAAUGGAAAAGAAAUACCACAAUGUUGGUCUUAGUAAAUGUGAAAUAAAAGUAGCCAUGUCGAAGGAGCAGUAUCAGCAACAGCAGCAGUGGGGGUCUAGAGGAGGGUUUGCAGGAAGAGCUCGUGGAAGAGGUGGUGGCCCCAGUCAAAACUGGAACCAGGGAUAUAGUAACUAUUGGAAUCAAGGCUAUGGCAACUAUGGAUAUAACAGCCAAGGUUACGGUGGUUAUGGAGGAUAUGACUACACUGGUUACAACAACUACUAUGGAUAUGGUGAUUAUAGCAAUCAGCAGAGUGGUUAUGGGAAAGUAUCCAGGCGAGGUGGUCAUCAAAAUAGCUACAAACCAUACUAAAUUAUUCCAUUUGCAACUUAUCCCCAACAGGUGGUGAAGCAGUAUUUUCCAAUUUGAAGAUUUCAUUUGAAGGUGGUUCUUGCCACCUGCUAAUAGCAGUUCAAACUAAAUUUUUUCUAUCAAGUUCCCGAAUGGAAGUAUGACGUUGGGUCCCUCUGAAGUUUAAUUCUGAGUUCUCAUUAAAAGAAAUUUGCUUUCAUUGUUUUAUUUCUUAAUUGCUAUGCUUCAGUAUCAAUUUGUGUUUUAUGCCCUCCCCAAUCCCCCAGUAUUGUAGAGCAAGUCUUGUGUUAAAAGCCCAGUGUGACAGUGUCAUGAUGUAGUAGUGUCUUACUGGUUUUUUAAUAAAUCCUUUUGUAUAAAAAUGUAUUGGCUCUUUUAUCAUCAGAAUAGGGGAAAACUGAAAAUGUUUGUCUUGGACUCAAGUCGCUAGAAGCGUAAAUUUGGAAAAAUAAAACAGUAAACUUUGUCUUAUUGAGGGCAUGGUUAAAAUUGUAGUGAAGAUUUAAAUGUUUUUAGCAAAAUCUGAUUUUGCCCAAGAAUCCCUGUCUGAAUUGGAAAUGACUUAAUGUAGUCAAUUUGCUUGUUGGUUGUUAUAAUAUUUUCUGUAGCCAUUAAGUUUUAUGAGUAACUUCUCAGAUACCCACGUUUUUCUUCAUAUGUAUUGUGCUUUUUAAAAGAACAAAUCUGGAAAAAAAAAAGUGCAAGAACAUCUGCACAGUGUUUUUAAGCUUCCAUUAAAUAAAAAAAAAAAAAUAAGGACUGAAGGAAAUCUGUUAAUUUCAAUAGAAAUGGAGCUAGUUCAGAGAGGUUUUCUUUUAAAACUUUGGUGGACUUGAGUACUCAGGUGUUGAGGUAAGAUUUAAAAACGCAUACUGUUUUUCUUUGUGUGUUCUCAUUUGUUUAUUUUCUUUUCUGUUUUCUUAAAAGUCAAUUUUUGGGGGUUAGGGCUACUAACUGAGUCUAGGAUUUGAAGGUAAGAUGCCCCUAGAAAUUCUGUUAUUCUCAAGGUGUGUGGUGAGAUAAAAAUGAUGACUUCAGGAUGAAGUCAAGAUCAUUUGGUUUAAUGUGGAAAUUAUACAAGUUGUUAAGUCUUAUGCUUUUAGCAUUCAAAACAUUAUUAAUUCUGUCAACUUGGAUGGAAAAUUCUUUGUAGUUACUACUGGAAUGUCUGAUAACAUGUUCAGUCCUGGUAAGUUGUAAGUUUGAUGAGUUCAUUGGAACCAGACUUGAGAAUAGCUGGUAGACAGUCACAUGAGAAAUGGUGCAGUGGUUGUGUGGUCACAAAUGCUGUUUGAGUUUGUGGUGUUGAAUUGUGUCUUUUAAGAAUUUGACCCCCACACUAGACAUUUUAAUGAUUAAAAACCAGUGUUGUCACGUUGAGAGUUCAUGAGAGACCUCUAAAAUGGGGGCCUGCAUCCCCCAUGUACAAAAAUUAAGGUAUUAAUUAAAAAUAAUUACAAAAAUUAAUGGAAUCCAAAAUAUACCUAUUUGUUUAUAUACACCUGCUUUUGUAUUACAGUGGCAGUGAUGUACUUAAACCUGGAAAGUCUCAAAUAAUUUCUUGGCCUAUCACAGAAAGUUUGUUAUCUUGGAUCUAAACCAAUCACUUCACUGAGUCAGUUGAAUAUGUUAAGCUAGAGUAUUUCAUUCAUUAUGCUUAUUUUACAUAAGGAUCUCACAUCACAAACUUGAGCAGUUUUAGCAUCAUUCAUUAGCUGCUAUUAGAUUAAUCUUGAUCCUGUAAUAGGUUUAUUGUUUAGACAGGUGUGAUUGGUAGAAAGUAGGAAGCCAUUGUCUUCAGAUUUGAUUUUAUUAAUUAAUUUUGGAAGUCACGCUCCUGAACUGAGUAAAUCUUUCUCCAAAGAAUUCUAGACAAAUAAUCUGGUUUUUGUGUUUAUUUUGUUUCCAUUAAAUCACUGUUAAAAUUCUAUUCCCAGACCCAUUUUAGGGAGUAGGAAUUGACCUAGACAUUUUCUGGUCACUGGCCAUUGAUUUAUUUCUUAAACUUUUGUUGUGAUUUAUGUAAAUCUUAGUUGUCAGCUUUGUUUUUCUCAUUUUACACCUUCAGUCUUAGCUAGUUACUUAAUGGAAUUCUCUUUGUCUCUCAAUUAGGUCCUUUAUUUUCCUAAAUUGUUUGCUUGUCAUGGCUUGUAUGUCUUCCCACAGUGCUGAGACCUAGGUGUCUUCAACACUGGAGUAAUUCCUAGUUAGGCUGGAUAGAGAGCUUUGGUGAGAGAGUUGGCAGUUUGAAUCUAGGUUUUACAUGAAGUCUUCUAAGUAGGUUUUACCCUGUCCCUAAACUGUCCAGUCUAAGCAGCCAGUGGCUUCUGUUGCACAGACUUACUCUUCAGUUCUGGGAAAUGCUAGUGAACUAUAAAGAACUUGGGAUGUGUGUGUAGUCCCCUGUGUCUUUGUUGGUCAUGAACCCUGGGCAACUUUUUUCCUAAUUUCCACUUUCUACAAUUUAAAUGAAAAACAAUUCAUCUUGGAAUUUCUCCAACGCUCUUCUCCAACCUGUUCUAAUUAAUCUUAUAUGUGCCCUUCAUCUUUUUUCCUCCUCUAAGGCUUUACUGACAGGAUAAUCCUGUAAUCUCAAUUGUGGGAAGGCUGAAGUGGAUGGAUCACUUGAGCUCAUUUCAAGGCUGACCUGGGCAUUCAAAAAAACUCAGCCUAAAGACAGAACACUUUACAAAGGCACUUUACAUUACAUCCUGUUGCUUGGACUAAUUCCUGUUCAGAAAUUUCAUCGGAUGCUGUGAUCCUUGGCUCACACUUUAAAAAAUGAACUUUAUUCUUUAUUCUCUGGUCAGGCUUGCUGGAGUUUUCCACUCUGCCUGAAGGAUAAAAUCCCGAGUUGCAGUGUUCUCUUCUGAAAGAGGGAAGAAGGCAGAUAGAUGGAUGUGUUCAGAGAACCACUGCAACUGCUUCAGAGACACUAGUUUCUUGCCAGGAUGGGAGAGUCCAGUUGGCUGCUGGAAGAUCUGGCCAUCUUACAUUGACCAGACUUUAAACCAGUCCUUUGUUCAUUACCCAUAUGGCUACCAGUUACUUGGGCUACCACAUCUUAGGUCAUUGGGGGCUCUGUAGGGGUAUUUAGAAAUCCCUCCCAUGCUCACAGAAUACUGGUUUUCAUAACAUUUGCUCAUAAACUCUUAAACUUAUUUCCUCUUAUUUUAUGCCCCCCUCCCCCAGCAUUAAAAAAAAAUCCCUGGUAUUUGGUAGAAUUUCAGGAAAGUAAUGGGUGUGUGUGUGUGUGCGCGCGCACGUUUGUAAGUGUAGGGUGGUUUGUGGUGAAAAGCUUGAGGGAAAUAAAGCAGGUGAUUUAAAAUGUUGACAACUUCUUACUCUUUUAGAAUUGUAGUUCAGUUACAGGAACUUUCUUGGUCGACUGUUAAGUAGCUUUGAUUUUAGUUCUGGGUAGACUUGUUAGUAUUGCCAAUCCCACUUACCCUCAAGCAAUGAGCUUUCUGGCUACCCUGCCCUGAGUCAAUAUUGUUAGCUUGGUUUGCUAGGUAUCCACUGUCAGAUGAGCUGACUUCUCUUCCUGAGGUUCUGUUUGUUCUUUUUAACUUAGUAUGUAUUACAGAGUCAGGUCGUGCCACUGUAUUUACUUUGUGUACAGGGAUGGCAGGUGCUUCAUUGUAUUCUGCUCCCAAGUUAGAAUUCAGUGUGCUGUAGAGAAGGCAGCUCAUCCUGAGUAAGUCAGUCAUUGAGUUUUACUUUACAGUCAAUCCUGUAUUAGAAACUUGUUUAGUUUGUGUGCUUUUAUACUUGGAAUAUUUCUUUAGUUACGAUUGCCUUGUGUUUUUUGUAUUCUGUGUUUAGGGUGUUGAAGUAUUAGGAUUCUUUGCAACCAAAAGGAUUGAACCCAGUAUCUAGCACAGUAUUUGUGUUGAUCUAUAACAUAAUGCCUUGUUUGAUGUGGGGGUUGUUUUAACCUGCAUUGUUAAACUCUAGGUUCAUGCUUAACACAGUAAUAAUGAAGUUAAUUUUUUGGGGGUCAAUUUCUUAAUAGUGUGGAUUUAUUAUUUUAAACCAAUUUUUUGGCAAGGCUGAAAACGAAAGGUACAUCUUUUAUUCACUGCUGGCAACAUUAAAGCUGUUAGCAGUUUAGCAUAGUUUAGAAUUCUUAAGUGAAAUUUUCCUUGGGUAAAAUGAUUCUAACCAGCUAAAUACACAAUUGUGCAAAUUCAAUUUAUUGUUGAAAUUGGCUUUCAAUUGCCUAUAAUCUAGUAAUUGGAAGAAGGUUGAUUAUAAUGUAAUUCAUAGAGGUGUGUAGGCCAUGUACAUCUGAAUUGUAAGGCAGUGUUGCCUGGGAUUCUUUAUUUCACAUAAACUCCCAUUAGCUAUGCUAAUGUAUUAAAGACCUUUGUUCAAAGAUAGAAUAAACAUGCUAUUCCAUAAGGUGUUCUAGUUUUUACUCAUCUCCUAUAAAGACAAAGAUAUAUUUUAUAAAUAAUUCUACAUCUAGCAUGUUAGAAAAAUAUUCAAGAUUGUAAGCAUUCUAGUGAGUAUACAAGACAACAGCAGCAGUGAGUGGCUGUAGUGGGGAACACACUGACUUCGGGUUUUAAAUCCUCUACAGGCAAUAUACACCCCUACUGUUUGUACCUUGACCCUCUUAGCAGUGAUGUGAGUUAUCCAUUCCAUUAUGAAUUGAUUAACCACUGGCUGACUGAAAUUGUCUUGCUGUUGAACUCUUGAGUUGGGCUGGUUGUGUAUUUACCCUGUUCUGAACACCUUAAAGUCUUAAGGAUGUCUGGUUGUGGCAGCUUUAUUGUAAAUGGCCUUAGGUAGAGAGUCAUGGGAAUCAGGGAGCUAUGAUUUAGGAAGAUGAUGUAACUUGUAAGGGCAGGGGAAGACCUUAGGAAAUUGCAUUAGGGCUGGGCUUGUGCUGAAGGAGAGAAGCCCUGGGUUCAUUCCCCAGGUUAAGAAAGAGUACAUAACAGUGUUUAAGAAUUAGAUUCGGUGUAAAGUGAAGGUGUUACAGCAGUCCAACUUUGUUAUUUUAAACUUAAAAUGGGAGGGAUUUUCAUUAACUAUACUGAAAAGGUUUUAGAAUUCUAUUUUGGGAAACUUGAUGUUGGCAACAUCACUUCAAAGUUAAUUUGUAUCUAUUUGUAAUUGGAUUGGUUGUAUUCUGUUUGCACUCUAGAAUUUGAAGGCAAGGUUACUUCCUUGGCUUUAAUUUCUUUUAGGGAAAAAAAUACUGGAAGAAACUUAAGAGAUCUGUUAAUGCCAGUACUUGAAUGUGACAUUAAUAUGUCAUGAAAACUGCUUUAAAUAAAUACUUGAGAAAAGGAAUUACAUAAUUGCCUUUUUUGUUGUUGUAUGAAUGGGUGUGAUUAUAUUGAGUUUAAUUACAUUUUUCAUACAACUGGUAUGAGACAAGUGGAAUCCUUAUUAAAAUUUUUGGAAGUUGGCCUUUUGAGUAUUAUAGAUAGCUAAAUCAGUAAAUAAAACUUUGAAACAGAAACUUGUAAAUUCUACAAUCACUGAUCUAUAAAGCAUGCUACUGCCAAUCAUUUUUAUGUAUUAAGACCUAUCAGCAUGUCUUUUUAGUACUUGGUUGACAUUUUAAAUGACAAGAUGUUCUCUGUACCGUUUUUCAGAACUUAUUCUUCCCAGACCAAUUCCAUUGGGACUGUUUCCAUUGUAGAGGCUUCCUUAUACUCUUCAAAUGAAGCUUACAGUGGGCUUUCAUGGGGUUUUAAUUUGCACUAAAUUUUAUUUUCUGAAAGAUCA